AUGGCCCGGCGCAGCUACGUCUUCCAGGCCUGCCGGGAGCGGUUUGAGUGCGAGCGCGCCGACGGGGAGGCGCCCGUAGAGCUGGACCUGGGCGCGCUGCAGGGCCUCGGAGCGCGCGUGGCCGGCCACGUCCAGCGGGCCCGCGCGCUCCAGCAGCGGCACGCGGUCCUCCGGGGGCAGCUGGACGCCCUCCGGUACCUGCGGGAGCAGGCCCGCCCCGAGGACUCGCUGGCCCGACACGUGGAGGACAACCUUCAGCGCGUCCGGGACCUGGAGAUGGGGCGCACGCGGCUGGAGCGCGAGGGGGCCGAGGCGCAGCGGGCUCUGGAAGAGUUCCGGAGCAAAUAUGAAAAUGAAUGUGAGUGUCAACUGCUGCUAAAAGACAUGCUGGAGCAGCUUAAUAAGGAAGCUGAUGAAGGUUUACUGAGGAACCUGCGCCUUCAGAUUGAAGUCCAGUUUCUGCAGGAUGAUAUCAGUGCAGCAAAGGACAGGUUCAAAAAGAAUCUCCUGGAAAUGAAGACUUAUAUCAGCAUCCUGCAGCACAUCAUCCAAACCUCCCCUCAAGCUUCUGGCAUUACAGGUGUGAUGAGGGAGGAAAAAUCUCUAACUGAACAGGAAGUGGCUGCUUUGCAGAGUGAAUUGCAAGAGUCCCAGGAGGUGCUCUCUGCCCUUCAGGUGCAGAAAACUGAGCUUCAGACCCAGACAGAAACCCUGGAACAAGCUAUUAAAGAUGCUCAUGAGUGUUACGACGAAGAGAUGCAGCUCUGUAAUGAACAGAUAGAAUCCCUGCGGAAGGAAAUUGAAGACAUGGAGAAGGUCCUGGAGAAGUCUUCCUAUGAUUGCCAGCAGCUGGUGGUUGCCCAGCAAACCCUGAAAAAUGAACUGGACCGAUAUCAUCAGAUCAUUGAGAAUGAAGGCAGCAGGCUGAGCUCCACUUUCCUUGAAACUCCAGUCUCCAUGUUUGCUGAGAGCCUUGGAUCUAACCUCAGCUCUCUCCCAAGUGGGAAAGGGAUCACCAGGACUAUGCCAGUUAAAAUAGCAGCAAAACCAAGACAAAAAGGCUUCCCUAAGUAUGUUCUAAGAAGAAAGGAGGUUAUCCUUAAACACAAACCAGAAGACAGUCUAAAAGGCACAGAACAGAUGCAAGGGCCACUUAAAGAGGAAUUCAAAUCUAAGUUUGAAUCUGGGGGUGAGGAGGCAUGCCCCUCCAUCGUAGAAGAGUCUCUGGAAGAUGUGCCCGAUGGAGGACAGAUAAGCAAAGCCUUUGGGAAACUCUGCAAGAUGGUCAAGGAGAGAGUGAAAAGCCCCAAAGAGCCAGAGCCCCCAGCAGGCCUCCACACCAAGGGGCAGUAUGUGUUGGUCUCCAGGGAUGACCUUUAUGAAGACUCUGAAUUCUGUUCCUUCUCCACCCCGGCCAAAGGCAGGGUGGUUGUUUUCAUGGAGGAUGACUCUGUGCAUUGUGGUAGCCUGGGGGAGCUGUCUCCCGAGCAUCCCCGGGCCUUUUUGGAGAAUGGGCAGGGAGAUCCCCAACAGAGAGAAGAUGCAUACUCUUCUGGUCCGCAUACUGCAGACUUCAAAAAGAAGGAGCUAAAUGCCAAAAAAAAGGAAGGCUCCAGGGUGAAAUAUACUGGCCAGAAGGAGGAUAAGGGGUCUGAGAAGCCCUGUCGAGUGGUCGUAUCUGCUCCAGAGAAAUGGUCUACAACCCAACCUGAAAAGCCUGCAGUCAAGCAGGAUCAAUUUGAGGGGCACGGGCCUGUGAGCACCUGUGUGCUGGACAGGAGUGUCCCCCGGGGUCUGGCCCGUGGGGAGGUGAGAGUAGUUGAAUCCAUUGAGAAGUUUUCCAUGGAGAGCAUUGAGACCUAUGAAGAAACUGCUGUCGUUGUGGAGACCACGACUGAGAAGACAAAAGGCAAGAAGAAGAAAUUGGGAGACAAGGGCUCUUAAGAAGCCUCAGCUCCAAAGGGGAAAAUGUUACCAGGCCCACUUUAGGGGAAGGGCCUUUAGAACAAAUGACAGAGCAUCUGAAGUUCCUGUUUGGAUUAGACUGUAGUUGGCCCA